AUGGCGCGAAUAAGAGGAAUAAGACCUUUUUCUUUUUUUUAUGUUUUUUUUCUUUUUUAUUUCUUUCUUUUAUCUUCUUUAUCUAUAGAGGAGACACUACAAGGAAUAAAGGAGACAAAAGGAGACACUUUUUUAUAUAAACAAGGAGCUGACUAUACACCUGAAUAUGAUGCCCUUAAUGAGCUACAAGGAUGGCUAGAUACAGACACAGAUACACCAUCAGCAGCAGCAGCAACAGCAACAGCAGCAGCAGCAGAAGCAGCAGCAGCAGCAGACUCUUAUGAUUCACUGCAGCAGCAGCAGCAGCAGCAGCAAAUAAAUGAUGGUGCUUCCCUCUUAGAGACAGAAGAGGAGACACCUGCUGAGUAUGAAGAUGAGGAGACACUCAGCAGCAGCAGCAGCAGCAGCAGCAGCAACUAUGAUGAUGAGGAAGAGGAGGAAGAAGAAGGAGAAGAAGAAGAAGACGAAGAAAAAGGAGAAGGAAGUUUCUUAGAGGAGACAGCAGCAGAAGAAGAGGAGACAGGAGGAGCAGCAGCAGCAACAGGAGGAGCAGCAGCAGAUGAGGAUGAGGAGACAGCAGCAGCAGCAGGAGAAGAAGAAGAGGAAGAAGAAGAAGGAGAAGAAGAAGGAGAAGAAGAAGAAGAAGAAAGGGAGACACUUACAGGAGCUGCCUAUACACCUCAAGGUGUAUCUGCUUUGGAGACAACAGCAGCAGCAGCAGCAGCAGAAGGCGAUGCAGCAGCAGUAGAUGCAGCAGCAGCAGAGACAGCAGAAGAAGAGGAAGAAGAAGAGGAAGAAAAGGAGACAGCAGAAGAGGAAGAAGAAGAGACAGAAGCAGCAGCAGCAACAGCAGCAGCAGCAGCAAUUGAUCCAUAUUCAUACAUAGAAGGUGCAGCAAACAUCAACAGCAGCAGCAGCAGCAGCAGCAGCAGCAUGGGGUACAGCCAAAAGGAGACACUUUUACCAGGAGAAGAGGAGGAAGAAGAAGAAGAAGAAGAAAUAAAUAAUUCUUUUAUUGAGGAAAAGGAGACACAAGAAGAAGAAGAAGAAGGAGAAGAAGAAGAAGAAGAAGAAGGAGAGGAGGAAGAAGAAGAAGAAGGAGGAGGAGAAAAAGAAGGAGAGGAGGAGGAGGAGGAGGAAAAAGAGGAGACACCUGUCUCCUUUUUGCAGCUAACUGCAGCAGCAGCAGCAAAAAGAGAAAUAAAAAAACAUAAUUAUAUAAAUAAAGAAGAAGAAGGAGAAGAAGAAGAAAAAGAAGAAAAAAAAGAAGAAAAAAGGAGACACUUAUUAAGUGUCUCCUCUGCUGCUGCUUUCUUAGGACCUGCUGAUCAGACAGACACAGACAAUACAUUAUUACAAGAAGCAGCAGGAGAAGAGCCAAUUGGGUUAGAUGAGGAGACAGCAGCAGCAAGUUUAGAGACAGGAGAGAGAGCAGCAACAGCAGCAGAUGCAGCAGAUGCAGCAGCAGCGGAUGCAGCAGAUGCAGCAGAUGCAGCAGCAGCAGCAGCAGCAGAAGAUGAAUACAGAGGACCUGCAGAUCCUUAUCUUAAGUACGGAGGGACAACACAAGAUGAUGUACUACAAGAAGGAGACACAGCAGCAGCAGCAGCAGCAGCACGAGGAGGAGACCCAACUGCAGCAGAAGAAGAAGCAGCAGCAGCAGCAGCAGGAGAAGAUAAUCUAGAAGCAGCAGCAGAAGCAGCAGGAGCAGCAGCAGAAGAUAUGCCACUAUUAACAGAGGAAGAAAUAAAUAAGGAUAUACAAUCUUCUUUCCCUAUUAUUAAGGAGACACAGCCCCAUGCUGUACAAGGGUUUGAGUACAAGACAAAGACUUCAUUCUUUCUUUCUUUGUGUCUGUUGUGCUGCAUCUGCAGAGGCUCUACGAACAGAAGGUAA